GUCUGCCUCGCAGUAAAAUUGCGGAAGUGAAAGAGUAGACCGAAUAGAGGUGUAACCCCUGCUUGUGCGGCAUGCGGUGAAGACAUGAGGCAACUUUAAAUACACAAAGAGCACGGCUUUACAGAGGAAUGUUAGAUGUUAAGAGUCGUGAUGGCGGAUUAACGCGCAGAUUUCAGCUUUGAACGGAUCGGAAUAGAGAGCAGUGACUUGUGUUGUGUGACAUUGACAUUGGACUUCUGCUGCCUGCUGAAUCACACAGGGUUGAUACUAGAGUCGAUUUUCUCACAUCAGCAAACGGUGUUUUGUAAAGAUUUAGAAGUGGUUGUUUUAAAGCUAGUCUUUCUCAUUGUGAUCAUGGUUGACCCGGCGCGCGCUUGUGUAACUCUGGUAACUGGGUGAAAGGUCACCUCUGGUCCACCGCUAAAGCACCGGCGAUAUUUAUUUAAUGCUCCUGGACACAUUUCUUAUCGCAAGAUUGUUGUACUACUCCAAGGGCAAUGUCUCUGGUUUUCCUGCGGCCCAACACCAGUGCAGUCGGCAAAAAGGACAAGCGACUCAUGGCCGAGGUGAACGCCUCCCCACUCAAGCACUUCGUCACCGCCAAGAAGAAAAUCAACGGCAUCUUUGAGCAGCUCGGCGCCUACAUCAAAGAGAGCUCGGGCUUUCUGGAAGAGACCUACAGCAAUGAGGAGCUGGAUCCAGUCACUACAGAGGAGCAGGUGGCGGAGGUACGGGGUUACCUGUCCAAGGUGGCAGGGAUUGGCGAGGUGCUGUCCCGUAGACACAUGAAAGUGGUGUUUUUUGGCAGGACAAGCAAUGGCAAAAGCUCCGUAAUCAACGCCAUGUUGUGGGACAAAGUUUUACCAUCGGGCAUUGGCCACACCACCAACUGCUUCCUGCGUGUAGAAGGGACUGACGGCAACGAUGCAUUCCUGCUUACAGAAGGAUCUGAGGAAAAGAAGAGCGUUAAAACAGUGAACCAGCUGGCCCAUGCCCUCCAUCAGGACCAGGAGCUGGAUGCAGGCAGUCUGGUGUGUGUCAUGUGGCCUAAAGCUAAGUGCGCUUUACUGCGGGAUGACCUGGUACUGGUGGACAGCCCUGGCAUAGAUGUCACCACAGAGCUGGACAGCUGGAUCGACAAGUUUUGCCUGGAUGCUGACGUUUUUGUGCUAGUGGCCAAUUCAGAGUCCACGUUGAUGCAGACAGAGAAAUCAUUCUUUCACAAGGUGAAUGAGCGACUCUCGAGCCCUAACAUCUUCAUCCUGAACAACCGCUGGGACGCCUCGGCCAACGAGCCUGAGUACAUGGAGGAGGUCCGCCGGCAGCACAUGGACCGCUGCACCAGCUUCCUGGUAGAUGAACUGGGGGUGGUGGACCGAGCGCAGGCCAGCGACCGAAUCUUCUUUGUGUCUGCUAAAGAGGUGCUGCAGGCACGUGUGCAGAAGGCCCAGGGCAUGCCUGAAGCAGGUGGUGCACUGGCUGAAGGCUUUCAAGCUAGAAUGUUCGAGUUUCAGAACUUUGAGCGGCGUUUUGAAGAGUGCAUCUCCCAGUCAGCGGUGAAGACAAAGUUUGAGCAGCACACCGUGAGGGCCAAGCAGAUCUCAGAAGCCCUACGACUAAUUAUGGACUCUGUGCAUGUGGCAGCCCAAGAGCAGAGGAUCCACUGCAUGGAAACAAAAGAAGAGCGAGAGGAUAGGCUGGAGUUCAUUGAUAAGCAACUGGACCUGCUCACUCAGGACUGCAAGAGUAAGAUAAAGAAGAUCACAGAGGAGGUCGAAAAGCAGGUGUCGAAUGCAAUGGCAGAGGAGAUAAGGAGACUGCACGUGCUGGUAGACGAUUUUCACAUGGACUUUCAUCCCUCGCAAGUGGUUCUGAAAGUCUACAAGAACGAGCUUCACAAGCAUAUAGAAGAGGGUCUGGGCAAGAAUAUGUCUGACAGGUGUUCGAACACCAUCAGUGCAGCCCUGAACAGCACACAAACUGAAAUGAUAGAUGGCCUGAAGCCCUUGCUGCCCACCCCAGUGAAGGAGCAAGUGGAUAAGAUGGUGCCCAGACAGUGCUUCAGUCUCUGCUAUGACCUCAACUGUGACAAGCUGUGCAGAGACUUCCAGGAGGACAUCGGCUUCCACUUCUCCUUAGGCUGGACCAUGCUGGUCAAUCGCUUCCUCGGGCCUAAGAACACCCGCCGUGCCCUUAUGGGCUACAACGACCAGGUUCCCAGGCCUUUGGCAAUCACUCCUGUCGGUACGGCCAUGCCCCCCUUCCCACAGGGCUCUGUGACCCAGGAAGAGCUCAUGGUCUCUAUGGUGACGGGACUUGCUUCUCUUACGUCCCGAACAUCCAUGGGCAUCAUAGUCGUAGGAGGAGUGAUCUGGAAGGCUGUAGGUUGGAGGCUUAUUGCUCUGUCAGUGGGGCUCUAUGGCCUUCUUUACGUCUACGAGAGGCUCACGUGGACCACUAAAGCGAAAGAACGAGCCUUCAAGAGGCAGUUUGUGGACUAUGCCAGUGAGAAGCUGCAGCUCAUCGUCAGCUACACCGGCUCCAACUGUAGCCACCAAGUCCAGCAGGAGCUGGCAGGCACCUUUAACCAGCUGUGCCAGCAGGUCGAUGUGACACGUCAGCAGCUGGAAGAAGACAUUCAGGACAUGAACCGCAAGAUCGAACACCUGGACACAUUACAGAGCAAAGCCAAGCUGCUCAGGAACAAAGCUGGCUGGUUGGACAGCGAACUGAACAUGUUCACCCAACAGUACCUUCAUCAGAGCCGAUAAAGGAAUACUUAAAGUCUAAGAUAAAGUCUAAUUAUUUAGCUACAUGACCAAGACCAACAUCAUUCACUUCUACUACUACCUAAAGAGUGCUCCCAAAUGAGCACCCCCAAAUUACUCCCUCUUUCAGUCAAUUUAUUCUGCUUGUACAAAUGAUGAGAUCUUUUAGCCAUGCUUUUACAGAACAGAAGAGGAGAGGAGGAUUUAAUAAUAAUACCAAAUCGAUUAGAAGUCUGGAAUGACUUGUUGUUUUCUUUCGGCAUUUCAUGUACACUUGCCUUUGAGGAUUCUGAGGUAGAGAACUUAAAGAAAGGUAACACUUUUUUUUUAAGACCUUUGUUUUCUCUUGGCAAAUAGAUUUUGUUUGUGUGAAUGAAUUAUUUAUUCUUUGCAUUAAGUUUUCGAACUCGUCGUCUUGUCUAGGCUGUGGCCAGUGGGAUUUACAGCGAUACUUGAUAUUUUGUACGCUAAAAUGCCAUGAAGAAAGAAAAUGGUAGAUUGCAAAUGCAUCCUUAUCUUCUCUGUGUGAGUUCACAUGAUGAAAUGAAUAUGGGAAUAAUGUUUCACAGUCACAACCCAGCUAUAUCUAAUAGAGUUCAGCAGGGUAGAUGUGCUUUGGGUGACUUGAAAAUGUGACAGUCUGGGAAAACUCUUCACAUGGUGAAAUUUUGAACCGAAAUAAGUUUGGAUCUCAACCAGACAUGAAGUUCUAGCAUUAUAAUGUCACCUCAAACAUGAAAAGGGAGCAAAUUUAUAUACUUCGUUCUUACUUCAUAAUUCUGAUUUAUAAACCAAAUUGCUGAGGCUUAUGUCUGUUUUGCUGUCACACAUAGCUACUCAAUAACAACUUGAUCAAAGCAUGAUGUUCACUAUGUAUGGAAAUUACACUGCGCUAGCAAGGUUUUUAAAAUAUUUAAACAGACCGACUCCUUACCCAAUGUGAAAAAAGUCUUUGUAGAAAGAUAGCCUAGACAAGACCAAGCUGUUUUUGAGAGAUUUUUUUUUGUUGUUUUUUAAACCUUGUUUUAUGUUCUAGGCAGAGAAAACACGAUUUUAGCUCAAAUCAAAUUUUUCGUCAGUUUUGGCCAGAAUUCAGAUAUUGCAGAAGUCCAGCAGGUUUUCCCAAACCACCACAUAAACAGACUUUUGAAUGGACAGCAAGAUUUCCUGUGAAUUAUGCGUACCUUUUUACAUCUGUAUAAGUAAGCCCAUUAUAUUACAGCAGUUUUCUUUGGUACCGGGUUUGGCGUCUUUACUGGUGCGAAAAUAGGUCAGUGUUUGGGAAGCGGGACCGUAGGUGCAGAACGAGAAUUAUUCCAGUAUGUAGUCUUGGCACUGUGGCUUGUGCAGGAGACAUGGUUUUGUUGUUGCAACCACACUACAAAAAUGGUGUAUAUUUGCAGUGUUCAAAGGCUGCGUGUAUAGAAGUGGCACUAUUUAUUUAAUCUAAGCUAAAUCAAAUCAUCAGGUUUGUGUUAAAAGAAAAACACAUGAAAUGAAGAAUGCAGGAUGAAAUGUUCUAGUAUGUGGUGACUGUUAGUGAAACAUGAAAUUCCCUUGAGGGAAAAAUUGCUGUUUAGGUUUACGGACUACUUAUUUAAUAUCAUUUGAAUUAAUGAAAUGCCUCUAGGAUUUGUGAUGUAUAUCUGCGCCAUAUUGUCUUACACUGAGAUUGAUAUCAACACAUUACUACAUAUAAAAGGCAUAUUUAAGGAAUGUUCAACUCUUACAUGUAAUGAGAGUGUGUGUGUGAGAGAGAGAGGAGGGGAUCAUCCCCAGUCCAUCGCUGUUUCCACGUCAUGUGUAAUAGCCGUGCAGUUUGGAUUAUAGUUUGUGCCAAGUGUUUAAGAAAGGGAUCUGAAGAAUUCUUCACUGAUUGUGCACUUUACUUUUGCUGCUUUGUUGUUAUUUUGUACAUUUGAUCUAUAGAUUCCAUGCCAAUAGUAAUGUAUAGCUGUGCAUGCUUUGACUAUUGUAACACGAUGUCUGAUAUCCAACACAUGUUAAACGAAAUAAAAUCGAAACCAUAAAAUUGA